AUGAUGAUCUCCAGCUCAACGCGCGCGGUCAGCGUGCAGCAGCAGCGGAGGCCCGCGGCUGUUUCUGCCCGCCCGUCCCGUGGCGCAGUUGUGGUUCGGGCAUCCCAGGCGGAGCCCACAGCGUCGCGCCGCCAGGUCGGCGGCACCGCCGCCGCUGUGCUGCUGGCGGGCGCGCUCUCGGCCGCGGCCCCGGCGCAGGCGUUCCUGGGCUUCGGCGGCGACGGCGCGCAGGCGGCUGAGCAGUACACCAAGGACACGAACGACGUGCUGCAGCUGGUGAGGGACGCCGUGGCCCUGCCCAGGGACGCGCCCGACCGCGAGGAGCGCGUGGCCGAGGUGCGCAAGGGCAUCAACACCUGGGUCGCCAAGUACCGCCGCAACGACAAGUUCGCGGGCAGGCCUUCCUACGGGUGA